AACACAUUGAGCAUGCGUACGACACUGGGGUAAUGGAGGUCUAUCUUCCUUGACCACGGUGAUUUGUUAACAAGUCGUCUUCUGCUUUUAAAGAUUUGGAGCGAGCAUUCAGUCAUUACUUGGUCGGCUUUUUGUUUGCAGAUCAGAGCAACUCUUCUUUGAGGAUGGCGACAGACACUGCGUCCCAGCAGACUCCUGGCUCCAGGAUUAUGACCUUUCACCCUACCAAGGAAGAGUUUAAGGACUUCAGCCGUUACAUCGCCUACAUGGAGUCACAGGGAGCACACCUAGCUGGAAUGGCUAAGGUCAUUCCACCGAAAGACUGGAAGCCUAGACAUACUUAUGAUGACAUAGAUGAACUGGUGAUCCCUGCUCCUAUACAGCAGGUGGUGACUGGCCAGUCAGGUCUCUUCACACAGUACAACAUCCAGAAGAAACCCAUGACUGUCCGAGAGUUCCGCAAGACUGCCAACACAGACAAGUUCUGUAAUCCCCGCUAUGUGGAUUUUGAGGAGCUGGAGAGAAAGUUCUGGAAGAACCUGACUUUUAACCCGCCUCUCUAUGGAGCAGAUAUCAACGGAACCCUCUACGACCCAGAUGUGACAGAGUGGAACAUUGGUCAUCUGAACACUAUCCUGGACACUGUGGAGAGGGAGAGUGGGAUCAAGAUAAAGGGAGUGAACACUCCUUACCUGUAUUUUGGCAUGUGGAAAAGCACCUUUGCCUGGCACACUGAAGAUAUGGAUCUCUACAGCAUCAACUACCUGCACUUUGGAGAGCCCAAGUCCUGGUAUGUAGUUCCCCCUGAACAUGGGAAGAGGUUGGAACGUCUUGCUAAAGGGUUCUUUCCUGGGAGUGCUCAGAGCUGUGAAGCUUUCCUGCGGCAUAAGAUGACUCUUAUCUCACCCUCCAUCCUGAAGAAAUAUGGCAUACCAUUUGAAAAGAUAACCCAGGAGGCAGGCCAGUUCAUAGUGACCUUCCCAUUCGGUUACCACGCUGGUUUCAACCACGGCUUCAACUGUGCUGAAUCCACUAACUUUGCCACACAGCGAUGGAUCGAUUAUGGCAAAAUAGCCACACUGUGCUCGUGUCGUAAGGACAUGGUGAAGAUUUCCAUGGAGAUCUUUGUGAGGAAGUUCCAACCAGACCGCUACAAGGCCUGGAAGGCAGGGAAGGACAACACUCCUAUUGACCACUCCAAGCCCACUCCAGAGGCUGCUGACUUCCUGAAGACAGGGGAGCCUGGGAAGGAGGGUCCAAGCCGCAGCGAGGCCCCUGACCAGGAGAAUACCCCAUGCACCACCACUCAGGAGGAGAAGAGCCCGAAGGUUGGGGAAAAGCGCCAGCGAGGAGGAGAUGUGGAGGCAGCAGAGGAUGGAGACACUGAGCAGGUUGAUGAAGAGGAGGAGGAGAGAGAGGUGGACCAGAAGAAAGCAAAACUUGGCCAGGAGGAGAAGGGACACAGUCUGGCAAACAAAGUGCAAAAGGCAGAGGAUGUUAAAAAAGAGCGAACAAAGCCACCACUCAACGCAAAGACCAACCGAAACACAAACGCCAGCCGAAAGCUAGCACUUCAGAUGAAAGCCAAAAUCUCUCUUAAAGCCACUCCAAUUAAGUCUCAGCCACAGACUAACAGUCAGUCAACCCAACCAGCGGCCCAAGAACCCUCCCCCCAGAGCUCAGAGAAGGCCGGCCCCAGUGAGGAUGUGAAGCCUCCAGCCAGCAGCUCCAGCCCUUCCCACCCAGCCAGCAGCUCCAGCCCUGUCCACCCAGCCAGCAGCUCCAGCCCUGUCCACCCAGCCAGCAGCUCCAGCCCUGUCCACCCAGCCAGCAGCUCCAGCCCUGUCCACCCAGCCAGCAGCUCCAGCCCUGUCCACCCAGCCAGCAGCUCUAGCCCUUCCCACCCAGCCAGCAGCUCCAGCCCUUCCCACCCAGCCAGCAGCUCCAGCCCUUCCCACCCAGCCAGCAGCUCCAGCCCUUCCCACCCAGCCAGCAGCUCCAGCCCUUCCCACCCAGCCAGCAGCUCCAGCCCUUCCCACCCAGCCAGCAGCUCCAGCCCUUCCCACCCAGCCAGCAGCUCCGGCCCUUCCCACCCAGCCACCAGCUCCAGCCCUUCCCACCCAGCCACCAGCUCCAGCCCUUCCCACCCAGCCAGCAGCUCCAGCCCUUCCCACCCAGCCAGCAGCUCCAGCCCUUCCCACCCAGCCAGCAGCUCCAGCCCUGUCCACCAGCUCUUUCAGAGGACCCUGUGCCCUGCAGACGUGCUGCACGUCCACAGCUACGCCAAGGGAGACUACAGCGAGGGAGAGACCAGGGAGGGCAAGGAGGAGAGGAGGAACGAUAGUAGUGAUAGUGAAGGAGAGGAACUGGAUGACAGCAAGAGGGCAGAAGGUGGAGAGGAUGAUGGCGCUGUGCCCAGAAAACAGGGGGCGUUGCCUUGUCACCAGCGUCUGAUUAAAGUCAACAUGGGUGACGAGGAGCUGCCAGAGCAGCCCCCAGUAGACGAGGAUGGGCUAGAGGGAGAGUCGUGGGCCAAGCCCCUGGCCCACCUGUGGCAGAACAGACCCCCCAACCUGAAGAAAGAGAAGGAGUACAACCGUUGCAUGGGCCUCCAGGCACCAUACUGCUCUGUGUGCUCACUCUUCCAGGCAUUCCAGCAGGCGGAGUGUGCUGAUGACGGUACGGACCCUCCAGUGGUGCUGCCUGGAGGCAGGCUGAGAACCAAGCCUCUGAUCCCUGAGAUGUGUUUCACCACCACCACGGAGCCAGAGGAGGGCGCUGAGGAGGAACCUGCCCAUCCGGCCCCCACCACCCCUCACCUGGAGCCAGACGGCACCAGCCUACUCAUCAGCUGCUCCCACUGCAGCGUCCGCGUACACACCAGCUGUUAUGGCGUGGAUCCAGAGAGUGUGACUAAGGACUGGAAGUGUGCUCGCUGUAAGGCCAAUUCCAUGACUGAGAGUUGCUGUUUGUGUUUGCUGAGGGGGGGUGCCUUGCAGAAAGCCAACAACAACAAGUGGGUCCAUGUGCUGUGUGCAGUAGCAGUGUUGGAGGCUCGCUUUGUGAACAUCACUGAGAGAAGCCCUGUGGAUCUGAGUGGGAUUCCUCUACAGAGGUUCAAACUGAAAUGUUACUACUGUAAGAAGCGGAUGAAGAAGACAUCCGGGUGCUGUGUGCAGUGUUCCCAUGGCCGCUGUCCUACGGCCUACCACCCUACUUGUGCCCAGGCCGCUGGGAUCCUCAUGCAGCCAGACGAGUGGCCCUUUGUGGUCUAUGUCACCUGCUGCCGGCACAAGGGCCCUAUUCCGACAGAGCGUAACAAAGCAUCCAUGCAUGAGCUCACCGUGGGAAGGAGGGUGAUCUGUAAGCACAAAAAUGGCCGCUACUACCAGUGUGACGUGGUGCAGCUGUCCAAGGAGACGUUCUAUGAGGUCAACUUUGAUGACGGCUCCUUCAGUGAUAACCUCUUUCCCGAGGACAUCGUGGGCCGGGACUGUGCCCAGAUAGGCCCCCCUCCACAGGGGGAGAUGGUGCAGGUCCGCUGGACAGAUGGUCUGGUCUACGGGGCCAAGUUUGUGGCUGCUCACAUCAUCCAAAUGUACCAGGUGGAGUUUGAAGACGGGUCACAACUAACAGCCAAGAGAGAUGAUGUCUAUACCCUGGAUGAGGAGCUGCCUAAGAGAGUCAAGUCGAGACUGUCCAAGGCGUCAGACAUGCGUUUCGAUGGGAUCUUUGAGGAAAAGGAGGCCAUCCAGCAGUCGAAGAGGCAGAGAGUGAUCAACUCACGGUACCGAGGGGACUACGUUGAACCUGUGAUCUACAGAGCCAUCAUGGAGUAGCCUGCCAACUAUAGCAUGGAGUAGCCUACUCUUCCAACAAACCACCAGCACUGAUAUUCCUGAUCUGGACUCCUCACUUUACCUUAAUUUAUCCACUGACUGAGUGAGUGUAGCUCUGACUAAAGGACUUCCUCUGAAAAUAACUUUCCAACCCCUAGUUUGGACUGUUUUCUUUUUUCUUACAUUCAUCCCUUCAUAAUUUACAGCAUUAUGUGCCAGUUUCCCGGACACUGAUUAAGCCUAGUCUUGGACUGAAAAGCCCUUUCAUUGGAUAUGCUUUUUAUGCUACGCUUAACCUGUCCAGGAAACCGGACCCAAUUGUUAUUACUUUGAUGUUUUCUUUGACUGUGAUCAAGGAUUGAAGAACAGGCCACCUUCUCCACUCGGUGUAGGUUAUAGAAGCCGGGAAGGAAUUGCCAUCCAUGUCACCUUUUAUGCCAUCCUGCUAGUGCCCAGUAGCUGUAACUCGUCUCUUGAAUGGAAGCAAUAUUGGACCAUGAAUUUUGCUUCCAAACAAGAUGUAGCUUUCUAAUAAUAAUAGUAACAAUCCACUCAAUAGAAGUGUGGCAGGAAUGACUUCCUGAAGGGAGUGAAGCAGACAAGUUGCUGCCACUCAUCCUCAUAAACACUGAUUACAGUGUUUUCUGACUUGCAAUUUCACUGAAUGUUGCCAGUUGUUCCUUUAUGUACAUCUAUUUAUUUUCCUGUGUCGUUUUUCAGGGUGCUACUUGCACCUAUGUUUGAUUUUAAGGAGGUGCAAUGCCAUUUUAGUAACUAAUAUCACCUCCUCUUAGCAGAGUCACACUGUUGACUGCAUUCCUAAACAUUGUAUUUUGUAGGAACGCGUUGAAUAUAGCUUUUUCCAUUUUUAGAGUUGUUUUUUACCAGUGUAUUUAUUAUACUGUGCUUGAAGAAAGUAACCUCUGCAAUGCAGACAAAUUGUCAGUUGCAAUGGUGUAGAGGUUCUGGACUGAUUCUGAUCUAUGUUCUAUUUGCUAUAUAGAUGAAUUGGAAAUAACCCAUUCAGAAUUGCUAUGGGCGCUCCCUUUUUAUCCAAGUUGGUUCUUUACUCUUUAAAUGAACAUUGUGCGUUGCACUUUUAUUCAAGUUGGUUCUUUACUCUUUAAAUGAACAUUGUGCGUUGCACUUUUAUUCAAGCCCAUUUUGAGAGGACAGUUUAAUAGUUGUGUGCUACCAUUUGCUAUUUUUAUAAUAAAAAAAAAACAUUUUUAAAAUAAUAUUGUACAUUUUAUAAGAUCUUAUGCAUUGUGUCCCACCAUGCUUCUCCACUCGGCCAUGAACAUCAACCAUAAUGCACUUAUUAAUUAAAGAUAAGGUGGCCUUCAGAUUGUCUGUUAUAUUCCUCUAAACUGCUGUUAUCUUGAGUAUAUGGAUGCCACAUUCUGGUAACUUUCCCAGGUUUUCCAGAAAUCCUGGUUGAAAUUUCCCUGCAAUCAGGAUGAAAUAAGCAGGAAAUCUGUAAGUCCUUUUUAAGUAGGAUUUCUGGGAAUUUUGAGAGUUUUCUGAAUUUUGCAACCCUACUUGAGUGUGAGAGACACCUAAUGUAUGAGUUAGGCAGUUCUAGAGGCUCACAGAAGUACCACUAAGCAAGGGGUUUAUAUCAUCAGCAUUCAACAGUAUGGAAAUACUUAUGAUGACUUAUAAUACAUGGGGGAAAAUACAAGUUUUCUAUCAAAAAGCCUAUUUUAUUGCUUUGUUUUAUAAUGAUACACGUUACAUUCAGUCGGGAAGACACUGAGAUGUAAUUAUAAUAAGUAGUUUAUUUAAAAAUAUAAGCCGUUGACGCAAGGGAUCUUGUUUGUCUCCCAAAUGGCAGCAUAUUCCCUAUAUUUUGCUCUACCUUUUACCUCUGGUUAAAAGUAGUUCACUAUAUAGGGAAUGGGGUGCCAUUUGGGACUGAUCCCUGGCCUGUUCAUGUGACCUUUUUUCCUUUCUGUGAAAAAUGUACUAUCAUUCAUGCAUUUUGUAAAGAUGAUAAUAUUGUUUCAGUAAAACCAUUUUGGCUUGCA